UAACUACUAACAAAACACAUAGCUAUUUUCACCGCAAAUUACUCUAAUAUUUACAACUAGAGACCCUUGUUCAGGACAGGGAUUGUACUGUAGAUGAAUAUCGCAAAAAAUUGGGGUUCGAAACACCGGUGGAAGGAUCUGAAUUUAUUUUCAAUUUAAAGCUCAUAUUCUCUCUGUCAAUCAGGGGGGAUUUCAUAAGAAACGAUGGCGGAAAAAGGAAAACCAGAUGAACAAUUGUUUCAGCUUCUCUCUGGUCUACUCCAUCAGGUGGAAUCAUUGAGCAACCAAGAGGAAGUUGAACUGCGUUCCAAAAUCGAAGCACUUGGACUAGAGGUUACCAAAGUUCCCUCAAAGUCAACACAGCAUCUUGAUGAGCUGGAAAUAGCCAAGGAGUUGGACAAAUUGUCAGCCAAGUUAGAUGAUGUAGAUGAGAUGAUAUCUUCAGCAAUAACUACAGAUCCUCAAGUGCAUUCCCUCUUGAGCGGCACAGCAGAUGUAUGGAUGCCGGUAAUCACAGCAUCUGCUGAUGAGCGUCGUAAUUUCACUGCAUCUAUUGAAAUUGACAGCUCAGAUGAUGCUCAAUUGAAAGGUUCUUCUGACUAAUUGUAGUCAUCCCCUCUGCUCCAGGGUUUUUCUUUUAGAUUAUUCUUUUUAUGUAUGUUUGCCUUGUCUUAAUACAAUAAAACAAUAUUUUCUUGGUUUGUUUUUACUGAAUGUGAAUGAUUAUUCAGUAUAUAAUAUAUAAAUGUCAAGCAUUCGUUUGUAUGCGUGAUAACAAAAAAUAGUUACAAUGCUGGAAAUAGAUCAUCAUGUUUUUUUCCUUUUGUUGAUAGAUUUUAUUUAUACACAUAUCAUUAAUAGAUCAUCAAGUACUAAUUGGUUAAAAAGACAUGCAUAAAUGGAGACAAAGUAGGCUUAUUCAGUAUGAGUAUUAACAUGAAAGUAGUGCCCGUGUUCUGGCACCCUACUUUGGAAGGAAAUUGGCAAUAAGACUAAUUAGCCAUAUUAAAAUUGAUCCAAUAACCCAACAUACACUACAAAAGACCACUAUUCCAGCAACGAUGGUAAGGAAGGGAGGACCUUUGGCGGCAUUGCUCGUCUUUUCACCCGAUCUUUCUUCAAUGGAACCACCACCUGAAGGGUUUGAGUUUGAUGCAUAGGCAAUCGGUAGCCUUUGCCUCAUUUGACAUCUUAACGCCCCUUCGGCUCUGUGUACGAGUCAUUAUUUAGCACAUCAAAUUUUAAGGACAUAUCAAACUGAAAUUGCAUU